GUCACUUCCAGUUAAUAAUUUCCACCAUGGAGUCCUGCGGAGUGAAGCUGAAUUUCUGGGAGAAUGGACCCCAACCGGGACAGCUUUACUCUCUGUCUGGCAGCACCGGGAGCACCGGGACCUCCUGCGGGCCGGUGCGACACACACUGAACCCGAUGGUCACCGGUACCUCGGUGCUCGGGGUGAAGUUCACCGGCGGCGUCAUCAUCGCGGCGGACAUGUUGGGAUCGUACGGGUCUCUCGCUCGCUUCAGGAACGUCUCGCGCCUCAUGAAGGUGAACGAUAACACCAUCCUCGGAGCGUCUGGAGAUUACGCCGACUACCAGCACCUGAAGCACAUCAUCGAGCAGAUGGUCAUCGACGAGGAGCUCCUGGGCGACGGCCACAGCUACAGCCCUAAAGCCGUCCACUCCUGGCUGACGAGGGUCAUGUACAACCGGCGCAGCAAGAUGAACCCUCUGUGGAACACCGUGGUGAUCGGAGGCUUCUACAACGGGGAGAGGUGGGCUUUAACAUGCAGUCACACAUACAUCAACACUCCCCUCACUCAACAUCGAACAUUCAGGGGAACCGCUCAGAUUGAAAUGAAACGGGAGUAAAUACAAUCAGAUAAC